UUUUUUUUUCCACAAAAAAAAACGCAAUGAAAGGUGUUAACUACCAAAGAUUAAAUAAUAAUAAAACACGCUUUUGUGAUUUACGAAGUGUUAAACUUACAUUAUUAAUAUUAAUCCUUCCAUUAACACUUUGCGUUUUAUUUUUAGGAAAUAAUUAUUCUAUUAAUACACAUAAUUUUAAACCAUUAAAUUACACUUUAAUUAAUAAACUUGAAGCUCCCCUCUCCCAAAAAAAUUUGAUUUUUAUUGGGGAUGUUCACGGAUCGUAUGAUGAACUAUUAAAUUUAAUAAAUAAAAUUAAUUAUGAUCCUUUAAAAGAUCAUUUAAUUUUUGUAGGUGAUAUAGUAGCAAAAGGACCAAAAUCCAUUGAAGUUGUUCAAUUAAUCCGUUCAUUGGGUGCUAGUUGUGUACGUGGAAAUCAUGAUGAUAAAGUUUUACAGAUAAAAAACAUUUUAGAUUUUUUAGAUUCCCAAAAAAUCCCAUUAGAUGAAUUUAUUAAGGAACAUGAUAUACCUAAAGAUAUCGUAAAAUCUGAACACGGAUUAUUAGCAAAAGAACUUGACGUGGAGCUUUACAAUUAUCUUCUUUCUUGCCCUAUUAUUUUGGACAUUCCGGAAUAUGAUUUAUAUGUAGUUCACGCUGGUUUAUUACCGGAUGUACCAUUAUUUGAACAAGAUCCUUCUGACAUAAUGAGCAUGCGUAAUAUUAAGAAUGGUAAACCCACAAGUAAAAAAGAUGUAGGUCAUGCUUGGAGUAAACAUUGGAACGCAGCACAGCAGGAAUCUUCUUCUCCUAAAACGAUAAUUUAUGGUCAUGAUGCCUCGAGGAGAUUGAAAAUAAAACCUUAUAGUUUCGGACUUGAUUCUGGAUGCGUAUACGGUGGGGAAUUAAGUGCAUUAAUAUGGAAUGAUAAUAGAGAAAUCAUAAAUGUUAAAUGUAACAAAUAUGUCGAUUAAAGAUUUUACCUAUUUAUUCAUUUAAGAAAAAAUUAUCGUCAAAUUCGUCAUAUCACAAUUUAAAUGAUCUAGCAAAUACUUUCUUUUUUACUUAUUUAAUAGAAGUUCACAGAAAUAAACACUAUUCUUUAUUUAUUAUCUAUACAGUUACUUUAGAUACAGGAUGUUCUGCUAAAUUUCUUUAAUAAAAUAAAUU